AUGCCGAACACGACGGUGACGACAAUGAGGCUAAACACAACGGUGCCGGCAAUGAAUCCGAAUACGACGGUGACGACAGUAAAGCAGAACACAACAGUGACGAUUAUGAAGCAGGACACAACAAUGCAGAAGACGACUCAACAAAUCAACAUUGAGGACAUUAAGGUUCAGACAAAGCUCCUACAGGUGAUUGAGAAACUUUGGACGCGUAUAAAUACUUUAAUACCACCAGACACAAGACAAAAUGGAACCUCAACACCUACUUCGGCUCCUACACCAGCCUCAACACCGGCUCCGACUCCUACACCAGCCUCAACGCCUGCUCCAACUCCUACACUAGCCUCAACAUCUGCCCCGACUCCUACAUUAGCCUCGACAUCUGCUCCAACUCCUACACUGCCCUCGGACCCGUCUUCGUGGAACGUGACUUGGAUCUGUCAUGACAAAGUAGAGCCGUUUGCCCAACCUGUGCCCGUGACAGACUCCGAAAGGGCUGGCAUCAAAUUAAAACCUCAGUUCCACAUAGUCAACGGUUGUCACUCGUAUCCUGCAGUAAAAAGCAGGAGAGACAAGCGAUGGUCUUUUGCCAACCGAACGUUCAAGCGGUGGUUGCCAUGGACCAAAGUCGGGAUCUCAAAUUUACGGACGUUCAGGUUGGUACCAGCACGUCUAUGUUAUCAUAUUUUGGCUGUAACGCCGUCAGCCCACAGUGGAUAUUUGAAGAUGCUCAAUCCUGGUGCAGACUUUGUGAACGGUUCAAGUGUGAAAAUCAAAAACGAGAGCUAUUGGCCGGUCAACCAUGCUCUCGGAUUCACUUCCAAGCGUGGUGACUUCCAGGACCUGAUCAUGUGGGAACAGCUGUCCACGAACGCAUGUCGCGCCUUCAAUGAGGUCCCCUGGGGUGAAGCAAACAUGCCCUUGAACGACUGGAACUUUCGAAACAAGCUUAAAAAGGCUUGGCCAUUCUAA